AUAUUCAUAUUAUACAAUUAAUAUUAAUUCUUCAUAAAAUUAAUUGAAAGAUUGGUAUAAUUUACAAUAUGGAACUUUUGAACUUUUACUACUGAAGUACUUUGUUACUGUCAAAAUAGAUAUGAAGAAAUUAUCGUUUUUGAUUUUGUAUUAGAAAUAAUUUUUUAUUUAGAAAAUAUCGAAGAAAAAAUUUUUUAAUUAAAUAUAAAUCUUAUUAAAGAUUUCGCUUGUACUACUAUAGUCAAGUAAAUGUAAGAAUUUCGAAUUUUAAAUAUACGAAGGUAAUUUAGCUAUUACAACGUAAUCCAACUUCGAAAUUAUCGAUAUCUACAUUAUCGACGUGUAUAGUAGUUUCUCAACCUAGCAUUUUAUGAUACUCUAAUACAUUUACACUGUUAUUGUUAUAUCAUUGUACAUAUAUUUGUUUAAAAAUAAUAACAUUUAUAAAAUUUACUACUACGUAGCGCUUCGAUCAUUUCCCUUUAAUAAAUAAGAAUGUCAUUCAUAGAGUUGAGUGAUAUUGACCGAUCGUGGAAUUUGUGUGUGUAUAUAAUAAUUAGCAUAUUGAAUGAAAACUGACAUUUUAAAUAUAUUCAAAGAAAUUAAUAUUUUAAAUAUCUAGUUAUUUGAAAGAUUUUUUCUAGAUGAAAAUUAAUUUGAAUUAAACUAAAUUGAUAGCACAGAUCUAAAAUGGCUAACAAAAAGGAAUCACUGAUAUUUGUAAUUGAUGUGGGCGUAUCAUCAAAGGAUUCUUUAUCCAAUUCUUUUCUACUGGACCAAGCAAAAGUUAUUAUUCGGCGUUUAGUGGAAAGGAAGAUAUUUUAUCGACCAAAAGAUGAAAUUGGCUUAAUAUUAUCAGGUUCAACUACCUCAUUUAAUGAACUUAAUUUCAAAAAUAUUCAAGAAGUUAAUAGCAUGCAAGUACCAAAUUGGGACUUGAUAAGGAUUGUUUCAAAUCUAAAACUUACAGAUUGUAUAUCAAAUUGGGUAAAAGCUCUUCAGGUUGCUAUUGAUUAUGCUAAGCGUGAAUGUAUAGAUAACACUAUCAAAACAAUAGUUUUAUUUUCUGAUUUUAAAGAAGUAUCUGACGUAACUCAAUUUGACAUAAGUAAAAUAAUAUCAGCAUUACAAAGCCAAGGAAUUAAACUACUAGCUAUUGGCUUAGAACCAUUACUUAACAAACCUCAAGACACCGUUACAUCCAGUGAAAACUUCAUUCUCGAUAUUUGCAAACAAGUUGAUGGGACAUAUAAAAUAGUUGAUCAAGCCCUUGAUGAUGUAAGCUUCAUUAGAAAAAAACAGUCUAAACUUUUACCAUGGACAUGCUCAUUAGAAUUACUUGAUGUAAAAAUACCAAUUAAAUCAUAUGUUAAGGUAACAAAGGAAUCAAGAUUUCCUUCAUGGAAAUUAAUAACUAGUAAAACUUCACAAAGUAAAACAAUAGAACCUAAUAAACCUGUAAAAGUGGAACGUGUUAAAGAACAUCAAGGUAGACAUAGGGAGUUUCAUAAUUCAGAACAUACAAUAUAUGGUUACACAUAUGGUGGUGUUUUUAUACCAUUUUCAAAGGAAGAUGAAGAGGCUAUGCUGUAUAAAAGUGGACCAAAGAGUUAUAAAUUUUUGUACUUUACAAAGAAAAAUCAUGUUGGCAUUCAAUAUUGGUGUAGCAGUACCAGUAACCGCAUAAUUUUACCUGCUGAUGAGAGUGUAGCACCACAGUUUUAUAGUUUAAUGCAAGCUAUGAAUAAUAAAGAUGUUGUUGCUAUUGUUAGAAAAGUAUAUCGUGAGAACUCAACUCCAAAUAUAGUAGCAUUAUUUCCACGUAUUAAUAUACCAGAUGAACCCUGGUGUUUUGUAGAGAUCGUACUACCAUUUGCAGAAGAUGUAAGAAUAAUAGAAUUCAAACCUUUAAUAUCUUUUGUUAAAAACUUAUCAAAAGAACAAAAUGAAAUUGUAGAUAAUUUAUUAGAUGCUUUUAUGCUAAUUGAUACAAAUGAUUCUUCCACGAAAAACAAAAGAAAAGAAUUUAUGCCUGGAUGUAUUCCAAAUCCUAUGAAACAAAAUACAUUUAAUAUGCUAUCAUAUCGUGCAUUAAAUCCAGAAGAACCAUUGCCAUCUAUUGAUAUUGAAUUAACAAAAUUGUUAGAAUCUUAUCAAGAAAUAAUAGAAAGAUCGAAAGAUCCUAUUAAGAAGAUCAAAGAAUUGUUUGGUUUCUCUGAUAAUAUUACAGAUAAUAUACAAACAUCCAAAGAUACUGUUGAUAUGCAAUCCAAAGAACAACCAUUGAAUGUAGCCAAAAAUAAUAAUCCUGCUAUAGAUAAUGAUACUUCUGAAGAAAUGAUUUUACCUUCAGAUAUAUUAGAUGUAGAUAUGGAUUCAUUGGUGACUAAUAUAUAAUUCACAGAAAAAACAUGGAGAAAGAAAUAUUAAUCUAUCUAUAUAUAAGUAUUAAUUUAACAAUUUUAAUUUAAUACAUUAUUAUAAAUAAUUAUCGUAUUAUAAAUUAAUAUAAAAUAUUUUUUAUAAUAUUUGAAUCAUAUAAUUGUAAAUCAUAUUUUUUUGUACAGCACUACUUGUGUUUUGAAUAUCAAUAAAUUCUUAUGUAUUUUAUAAAUCGUAUAUAUAAAAUA